CUACGAUAUUACACAAACAACCACGAACGCGUCCAGCCCGACUUCGUUGCUGAUGAAUUGUAACACAUAACAAAAAAGGCUUUUGCCAUUGCAACCCAUCGCUCCCGCCCAUUCCAACUGCGCAGGGCACACUUCACCAUCACUGUCGCUGUCGGUGAUCAACGAAUGACCCACAUACAGUCGCAAGUACAGUCGCAGCAACACACAAUAUACACUCACUAAACACCCGGAAUAUCUUCUUCAUCAUGGACACCAGCUAUUUGUCGUCGCAGGUGUCGUCUAUUGUUGGCCAACUUCAUGGUCUCUUCGAUGAGAUUGGAGUACCCAACCAUGAUAGAGAGUCGCGCGAGGCGGAGCUAUUUGCUGCGCUAUCUGAAACACUCCACAACCAAGUGCGAAUAGUUUCAGCAGAAAAGAACGAGAUGGCCGAGGAAGCGCAUCGCAUUAUCACAACUAUCAAACAGAUGGAGUCGUCCCUCAAUGACUCCAAGGACACCCAUGAUUACAAUGUCGAAGAUCCAUCCCUAAAAGUUUCAUACCCUUUGAUUCAAUGUUUGCAAACUUUGAAAGAGAAGCAUUUGCAAAUCAGCAAAAUACACAAGGAGCGUUUCGAACAAGUUAAGAAACUUGUCCAAGCUCUUGAAUCCUAUUCGUCGCAUCUGGAGUCUUCAUUUAUCAGAAUUCCAUUGCCGCCUACCACCGCCAACUCAUCUGUGCCUCCAACAUUUGACCUCUCCCCGACCUACGUUACAUCUCUUGAUAACGAGUUUACGCGUAUGUACGAAGAGUACACUCGUCGCGUUGCAACCGUGAAAGCUCUCUCGGAGAAUAUCAUUCAACUCUGGGCCGAACUUGGAACACCACAAGCGCAAACCGAUGCAGCAAUUGUCAAAUACUAUCGGGAUUCUCCUGAACAACUCGGUCUCCAUGAAGAUGAUAUCGCAAGGCUUCGAAGCAAGCGCGAUAAGCUGGGCGAUGAGAAGAAAGCCAGGGAGAGGCGCCUUAAAGAACUACGCACCACAGUCGAGGGUCUUUGGGAGCGCCUUGGAGUCGACGAGCCAGAGAGAAAGAGAUUCCUCAACAAUAACCGAGGAUGCGGCGUGCGACAGAUCAACGAAUUUGAAGACGAACUUUCAAGGCUUAACGAGCUCAAAAGGCAAAACCUCCAUUUGUUUGUCGAAGAUGCUCGAUAUAAACUCCAGGAGCUAUGGGACGGGCUUUACUUCUCUGAGGAGGAAAUGCUAGAAUUCACUCCCGCCUUUUCAGAUGUCUACAGUGAUGCCUUGCUAGAAGCACACGAACAAGAAAUUGAUCGACUCGAAUCAUUGAAGGAACAACGUGCACCAAUGCUGUCCCUUAUUGACAGGCAUCGAUCUCUUGUGAAGGACCGAGACGACCUUUCGGCUGCAAGCCAAGAUGCUUCCAGACUUAUGAUGCGCGGUCAGAAGGGCGAGAAGCGUGAUCCUACGAGGCUGCUGAGAGAAGAGAAGAUGAGGAAGAGAAUUGCGAAGGAACUGCCGAAGGUGGCAGUCGACUUGCGUAAAUCUCUUGAGAAAUGGGAAGACGAGUAUGGUAGACCUUUUAUGGUACAUGGUGAGAGGUAUCUCGAUGAAUUAGAAGCAUCCGAAGUCAAACAAGCGCCGGGACCACGAUCAAGGACCCCAGCAGCACCACCGCCAGCCCCUGCAAGAGCUCAAAAGGCGGCUCCUGCAAGCCGCGCCAACAGCAUGAGAGCGCCUCUUUCCAGAGCUGGAGCAAAGACUCCAGUCGUUCAGGAGUCAAUCAAACUAAAUCUCCUGGCAAGCUCUGUUUCAGCUGCAGGAGGCAGGACUCCUUCAAGAAUUCCCGCGCGCGCUCCGCUAUCCAGCCUCAAACACGGAAAUAACUCCCCUGAGAGGAAGGCGCAAGCAGAUAAGAGGCCCGCUACUGGGACAGUCGGAAAUAUGGGACCACCAGCUCGCGCUCCGCCUCCCAAGAUGAGAGAAUUCUUUGAGCCGCCUCGUGAAUCCUCCUCUGAUUCAAGGAGCGAAAGCUUUGAGUCGAACUCGAUUGUGCGCCACGUGCCUCCCGAGGAUGUUUAUGACGAUCGUAACUACGAGCAAUAUUCCCGCGGCUUCUCGAAUGCGAAUUCCUACUCAUCCUCCAUGCGCCAAGACGAGCGUGCACCAAAGUUCUCAUGUCCUCCAAAUCCACCAAGUAGGCAGAUUUCCAACACAUCAGCAUCUGCCACGACGGUAUCAGGAUCCGAGAACUGGGAGACCUACGAUGAGGUUUCAGAGCCAGAGCAAGAUGCUUCGGAUGACUACUAUGCUCGGCUUCGAGCUGCACGAGGGAAGCGUUUUACACCUGAGGAUGGAUACGCACCUCCCCAAGGCGCUCAGAUGAAGAAGCACAAGGGAUACCCUCCUGAGCUUCAUGCUGGUCAUGUAGUUGUGGAUUCCCACGGAAAUCGGAUCAUGUCUGGUAGCGAGGCAAACUGGACAGACGAGGAUGCCUUCUAAGUCGUUAUUACCACUUCUUUGAAGUUAUAUGCUGGCGGCGCAUAUACUUCAAUCUUGACUUGUUUGGUCGUUAUGGUUACACGAUACCGGCAGGCUGUGAGUUUCUCGAUGCUAUGUUCUGCAUAAAAGCAGUACUGGUGUCAUGAUGUGUUCAUUUCUUGUAUUUUUUUGCUGGCAUUGAUCUUCUAUGGAUUGUAUUGUGUUUUGUAGGCGUUGUACUUUGAUGGAUAUCAGGAGGAUCGGUCUGGGAAUUAUGGAUUGGCUUAGUCCGGCGUUGAAGGGGAGAAGAUAUGGCCAGCACAAGACGUCUUUGUCAAAUGUUAAGAGUAG